UCUUGUACGCGGCGAUACCACGACGACACGAACAGAAGAAACGAGGAGAGCGCUGCCAGUAGACCAGGCCAGUCCUGGCCAGACGCUUCGGCGAGCACACGCGCUCUUAAUUUUUCUCCUAACCGCGAGUUUUAUUUUUAAAUCUCUCGGAUUUUAAAAAACUUUAAAAUAAUUUUUUUACGUAAGUUAUUAUUUGAAUAACUGUGAUCAAUUACUUGGAUUAAUUAACUGGAGUUUUGAAAGAGGAUCUCAGAGGUAAAACAAGACCCAAAAAAGAGGAACAAGAGCCCAGAGAAGAGCUAAAAAAAUAAUAUACGAGACAAUGUCUACACUGAGAGAGAACUCACACGUGAGCAGAAAGUACGUGAGUCAUGGCGGCGCUAUAUCCGGACAGGGCCACUCUGCAAACUCGAGCAACAGCCUCGAGAACAACUUGGACGCUCUUUUGGAAGAUCUACAAACCAGCGUAUCCAGAAGCGCAACACCCAGUGGCCGAAGGCCUUACUCGCCUCAGGUCGAGUACAGGACUGCUGCUAAUCCGACAAAAACAGUCACUGAAAUCAGGUCUAUUUCCCCGACACGAACGAGUACGACCACUAGAGAAAAGUACGUGAGCACAGGACCGAGUGGAGUAGGAAGCGGAAUACCAGGCUUGGAGGCACUGGACGCUGAAUUACGAAACGUUCAGUCGGGACAGAGCAAGACUGUGGCAUACAAACAGGUCUCUUAUCAGUUCAACAAGAGCCAGGACGGCAAGCCAGUAGACUCAUAUGGAACAACGGACAGAGCCUUCACAACCAACACUUCACCCUUCUCAGAUGACAUACAUGAGGCGAGCUAUGAAGAAAUCCAUAGGAAGCGAAAGAAUGCCGAGAAAAUCACUAAGACAUCGGCGGUUAACAGAGAGCUGGUGUAUGGCGACACUUAUUCGUCAUCUCGCUCAAAACAAGCAUCACCACUUCCGGGAGCACAAACGCGGGACGUUAAAAUAAUUCGCGAAGCUACUAGCUACCAAGAACCGAAGACAGUAUCAACAACCUUUAACACCCGAGAACGUAUCCAAGAGUACGGAAUCGAGCAAGUACCAGUGCCAUCUCCAACACCAACAAUUCCCUUGAAUUUAGCCCCAGGUCCAAACACCAAGGUCACCACGACGAUAAAAACGUACACCUACGAAUUGCCAGGAGCUCCAGAAAUUUACUUACCACCCGGACACUCAGGCACUGACCAGACGGUGACCUACAAGCUGGACAAAACCCUGGAGCGAUCUGCGAGCCCGAUCAGGUACACGAGCACGCCCGAGAUAAAUCAAAAGUCCUCGAUCCUGCACAAAGAGUCCAAGUUCUACCAAGAAGAUCUGCGCGGGUCUCCGACUUACAGGAAGCCCAGCUCGCCUUACUCAGCGGGACCGUCUCCUACGCCGACGAACCUGGAGACGACGACCACCCGGAAGGAGAACUUCUACAUCAGAGACGAUCGCUAUGAAAACGGAUACCUGCCUGUCGACAGGACAGACUAUCCCGGGUACCAGAGCCACCCCCAUCCGCCGUACACCGAAACCACAACGACGACGAUGAUUGACAGGAUCGAAGAACAUUUUCCGGACAAGCCGGCUUCUCCGUCACGCAGCUACUACACAGCAACGCCUCCAAUCACGCCUCAGUCGGCCAGUGUUUAUAAAUACUCCAAGGAGUCCUACAGCAAUCACCAUGCCAGCGACCGCGAAGUACUUUUACCGAAACCCUUUCCCACAGGCACGCAACUCUAUCCCGUAAACGGAAAAGGGCCCAGCAACGGCCAGGGACCACCCGCUAAACUUGAUGAUCUUAUGGCUUCCUUCUCAGAAUCAGAGCGUGAAGUGUUAGUUGACAUAAAGCGUGAAGAGCAGAUGCAACGAAAAAAUAAAACACAAGAAAACGGGGUCCCCAAGAAGGGAGUUGAUUUUAUCAGUCAUACACCUCCAAAAGUACAGAGUAAAAACGUCGCAGGUCCUCCUGUUUACUAUCCGCCUGGCUCCGCGGAGUUUACCAAGAAAGAGGAAGGAGCUAUGAUGCAAGCAAGUGGCGAAUGGGCGAGGGCGAGAGGCCAGUAUGAGUAUGAAGCAUCAAGCAAAACUAAAACAAAACAAUCAAGUGGAAAAGCUGUUGUUCCUGUGUGUCUUCCUCUCUGUUGUGCUCUUCCUUGCGUUAUAAUGUAAUUUAUUAUUUAUGAUAUAAAUAUAACUGAAAUUUAAUUUUUUUACUAACAAAUACUUCAUACACGUAUAUUAAUAUAAGUCUAAUUCAAUAAUUUAUAUCGGACGUGUAACGUAUAAUUCUUAAAUUAUAUAAUUAUUAUAUUAUUUAAUACUAAAUUAAAAAGAUAAUUAAUAAAAUUAUAUUAAUAAUUAUUGUACGAAUAACAAUUGUUAAAAAAUAUAUUUUGUCGGACUGCCGUCAUGUAUGUUCACCCUCGAAUCAAUAUUGUACGUUGUCUUAUUGUGGAUAAUUAAUUUUUAAUAAAAUUAUUUAGUUAAUCGUAAUAA